AUGGAUGGCAGAGGACCACCUCCACGAAGAACCAUAGGGGACUCCAUUGCUUACACUAGCCCGAGAAAUUUCUCAAGCAUUGUGAGGCCCACUAUGAGUGAUAGACUUGCAGAAAUGAAGCCAGCUCUACUCCAACUCGUCAAUUCUAAUCAAUUCUCUGGCAUGGAUAAUGAAGACCCUCAUGCUCAUUUGGUCAAUUUCUAUGAGUUGUGUGNCUNUGUGGGUGCUACGGGGGAGGAGGAAGAAGCAUUGUAUAUGAGACUCUUCCCAUUUUCUCUGAAUGGNAAAGCAAAGGAUUGGCUUCAGUCGCAGCCUAAUCAAAGUCUGACUAGUUGGGAGGAUAUGGAACACAAAUUUCUGGUUCGCUUCUUUCCACCAUCUAAAAGCACAGAGAUAAAGGCUGCAAUUGCUACUUUUGUCCAAGGAGUAGAUGAACCACUGUGUGAAGCCUGGGAAAGAUUCAAAGCUUUAUUGAGGAAGUGUCCCAGUCAUGGCUUUAGCUUAGAGAUGCAAGUGCAAAUCUUCUACAAUGGUUUGCAACCUCAGACAAUGAUGAUGCUUGAUGCAUCUUUUGGUGGGUCGGUUCUAUUAAGAACUGCUGAUGAGGCCAUUGCUGUUAUUGAACAUAUGGUGGCCACUGACAUGCGGAGCCGACGUGGGAGGACUCAAGUUCAGAAAAGGGGAGUUUAUGAACUUAAUACUCAAGAUGCAAUACUUGCACAAAACAAACUUCUUGCCCAACAGAUGGAGGUCCUAACCCAAAAUAUGGCCAAGUUACCUCAGCAGUUGCAAGCAAUGCAAAACCAAGCCCAACCGCAUCAUCAAGUUAUGAGAUGCGAUUUUUGUGGAGAUAAUCAUCUUAAUGGCCAUUGUCAAGUUCCUAGUGGUUCCCAACCUGAAGAAAUCAACUACAUGGGGAACCAAGGAAGACAAAACUUCUUCAACAACAUCUUCCCUAAUCCUCCCAAUCAAGGGUGGAGACAAGCACAAGGAGCNUCUGGUAGUAGAAAUUCUUAUCAACCUGCUCAUCAAUUCUCACCUCAGAAUGAUAAGAAUACAAAACUNGAAGAAACAUUGCANAUGUUCAUGCAACAGUCCAUGCAAAACCAAAAGAAUACCGAUGCAUCUAUAAAGAAUUUGGAGAUGCAAGUUGGUCAGUUGGCCAAACAAUUGGCAAAUCAACAAAGUGGACAAUUUUCUGCUAAUACUGAGGCCAACCCUAAAGAAGAGUGUAAUGUUAUAUUCACAAGAAAGAAGGAGAAACAAUUGUCUCGGUUCAAGCAAAUAUUCAACCAACUUGAGAUCACCAUGCCCUUGACCGAAGCACUACAACAAAUUCCUGCUUAUGCGAAAUACAUGAAGCAAAUCCUCAGUAAGAAAAAGAAGUAUUUAGAUGAGGAAACAAUUGAAGUGCAGGGAAAUUGUAGUGUCAUCAUGCAGAAGACUUUCCCUCCAAAAUUUAAAGAUCNGGGAAGUUUCACCAUUCCAUGCACCAUUGGAAACCAUGAUAUAGGGAAAGCUCUUAUUGAUUUAGGGGCUAGCAUCGACUUGAUGCCCCUAUCUAUGCUUAAAAAGAUUGGUGGUCUUGAAGCCAAGCCAACAAGAAUGAUGCUUCAAUUGGCAGAUAGGUCCAUCAAAUACCCUUAUGGGGUGGUAGAAGAUGUGGUGGUGAACAUUGAUAAGCUUCAAUUCAUGGUGGACUUUGUAGUGAUGGAGAUGGAGGAAGAUGUUGAGAUACCACUCAUCCUUGGAAGACCUUUCAUGAAGACANCUAAGGUUGUCAUUCAUAUGGAAGANGGAAUAUUGAAAUUAAAGAACCAAGAUAGAGAGAUAACUUUCAAUGUCUUUGAAGCUGGGCAGCAAAAUCAAGAAAAACAGACUAUUCCUCAAGCUAAGGAUGAAGUUCUAUCAGUGAUUAGUCUAACAGGGNAAGCUGCCAAGUCAGUCAAGAAGAGGAUUGAUUGUUUUUCUCCACAAGUGAAGGAAGAGGAUGAAGAUAAGGAAGAGAAACUUGCUCACCAACACUUUGUUGUGGAAAGUGAUGAACCCAAACCUGGCAAACCAGUGAAGCUCAAGAACAGGUUAUGGGUUAUCAAGGCGAUAAAAGCAAAUGGAGUGCUUGAAAUCGAGGCUCCCUACUCAAGGAGAGUCAAUUGA